UUUCGGUCCCAGUGGUUUCUUCCUCCAGUUAGGAUCCUUGAUGCCGGAGGGGCUAGUGGGUCGCCGAGAGCGCCGGAGGGAACCGCCUGGCCUUCGGGGACCGCUUUUGUCUGGAAUCACCCUCCCGGCGUAUCCUAUUCCCUCUGCUGCGAGGCCUUCGCUUCACUGGAGGGGUCGAUUUGUGUGUACUUCGGUGACAAGAUUUGCAUUCACCUGCCCCAACUCUUUUUGUCUCUUUGGGUGACCGGAAAACUCUACCUCAAGUUUUCUUUCGUGGGGCUGCCCCCCAAGUGUCGUUUGCUUUACUGUAGGGUCUUCCGCCCGGCGCCCCCAGUGUUUUCUGAGGGCGGAAAUGGCCAAUUCGGGCCUGCAGUUGCUGGGCUUCUCCAUGGCCCUGCUGGGCUGGGUGGGUCUGGUGGCCUGCACCGCCAUCCCGCAGUGGCAGAUGAGCUCCUAUGCGGGCGACAACAUCAUCACGGCCCAGGCCAUGUACAAGGGGCUGUGGAUGGACUGCGUCACGCAGAGCACGGGGAUGAUGAGCUGCAAAAUGUACGACUCGGUGCUCGCCCUGCCCGCGGCUAUGCAGGCCACUCGAGCCCUAAUGGUGGUCUCCCUGGUGCUGGGCUUCCUGGCCAUGUUUGUGGCCACGAUGGGCAUGAAGUGCACACGCUGUGGGGGAGACGACAAAGUGAAGAAGGCCCGUAUAGCCAUGGGUGGAGGCAUAAUUUUCAUCGUGGCAGGUCUUGCCGCCUUGAUAGCUUGCUCCUGGUAUGGCCAUCAGAUUGUCACAGACUUUUAUAACCCCUUGAUCCCUACCAACAUUAAGUAUGAGUUUGGUCCUGCCAUCUUUAUUGGCUGGGCAGGGUCUGCCCUAGUCAUCCUGGGAGGUGCACUGCUCUCCUGUUCCUGUCCUAGGAAUGAGAGCAAGGCUGGGUACCAUGCACCCCGUUCUUACCCUAAGUCCAACUCUUCCAAGGAGUAUGUGUGACCUGGAAUCUCCUGGCCCCAGCCUGACAGGCUGUGGGCGUGUCUAGAUGCCUGAAAGGGCCUGGGGCUGAGCUCAGCCUGUGGGCAGGGUGCCGGACAAAGGCCUCCUGGUCACUCUGUCCCUGCACUCCAUGUAUAGUCCUCUUGGGUGGGGGGUGGGGGGUGUUGGUGGGAGAGACAAAAAGAGGGAGUGUGUGCUUUUUGUACAGUAAUAAAAAGUAAGUUUUGGGAA